UAAGCAUUCUAUUUCCUGUCAAUUGAGAUAGAUUUAAGUCAUGUUAAAUUGUAUCUUACAGAUUUGCAUGAUAAUAUUAGUGAAUAAUUAAUAAAACAUAUUCAAUUGCAUCUUCUAAUUUCGCAGUUACAAUGACAAUCGUAACAGCAGCUUGGCUGAUAGUAGUUGCUGGGUUCUGGGGAGCAACAAAUCCAUUCAUUAAGCGAGGGAGUAAAGGGAUAGAAUCCAUCAAGGAAUCAUCACCUUUCAAGCAAUUUAUAGCAGAGUUGCUGUUCCUGAUAACGAAUUGGAAGUAUUUGUUACCAUUUCUCAUCAAUCAAGCUGGAUCUGUACUAUACUACAUUACUCUGGCAUCUGCAGAUCUAUCUCUUGCAGUACCUAUCACCAAUUCUCUGACAUUUAUCUUCACAGCCAUAUCUGGCCAUCUUCUAGGAGAAAGGAUUGAAUCUAAAAAGACUAUUAUAGGAAUGCUGCUGGUGGUAUGUGGUGUUACAUUAUGUGUCCUUGACAAGAUCAGUUGAUGGAAAUUCUAGAACUUGAAUAGUUUGCCAGCUAUUUUUCUUAAUAGACAAAGAGGAAAAGUUGUGAAGAAAUAAUGUUCUGACAUGAACCUGGAGACUGAGCAUGAGUGGCUAUUCUCUAGGUAUAGGAAAAGACAAGUCUGCUCCUCCUUACAAUAUGAUCAGACUGUAUGCUUGAUUAUAACAUUUACAGUUCCAUUGUUUCGUGCCAGAUUAUAAAAUAUUAUGUACUUAUAUUGUUUCAACUGGAAAUGGAAGUAUUCAGAUUUUUGGUCACCUGAGCACAGGGUGAACUUUUGUGAUGGCAAUGUGUCUAUCAUAAAUGGUCAGUCAUAACCCACAAUUACUUUAAACAUGUUAUAUUCCUAAACCAUCGAUCUUCAAAGAAAUAAUUUUUAGGUGACCUUCUUCAAAAGAUAUUUGGUAUUUCCAGUCUGAUCCAUAAGUAGGUCACAAAACCUAAAAUUAGACUAUAAUAAUAAAAUCAUUAAAAAUUGUCUCCUUAGAAACUAACAAGAACUUAAAUAUUGGGCAUGUACCAUAAAACUUGCAUAACCUUUUGGUCUUCUAAAAUAGAUACACAUAUAAAAAUUAUGACCCCUAGUUUAUAAGGAAAACCUAGCAAGUUUUAUUGUGAGCAAUGGCAAUCCCCAGAGCUUAGAUAUAUAGCAUCACCUAGUGGCCUUCUACAAAAGUGAUAUAAAUCCUACCCCUGUGGUCAAUUUUGACUCCUGCCCAAGGGGUCACGUACAGUAGUUUACAAAAACUGAGCUUAGAUAUUGGGGAUGCAGCCUUUUGAAGUAGACCUCCACAAAUAUUUAUUUAUCAUAAAAUGAUUAAUCAUGCCCCUGUGAUUAAAAGUGCCUCUCCCUUUGGUAAUGUAGGCUAUAAACACUUCUGUUAUGAAAAACUGAGAUGUUUCAUUGCAGACAACUACAAAUAUUCAUCAAUUAUGCAACUUUUUCAAGAAUAUCAAAUCAAGUAUGACUCUAUGUUGAAGGAUUGGGACUUUUCUAGCAAUAUAUGUUUAUUUUAAGGUCAUCAGUACCUAUUCGUUUAUUUAUAUCAUAUUUUCCCCUUUUACAAAAUGUUGCAAUUAUACUAUUUUCUAUGAAUAAAAUUAUUUUUCAAUACAA